UCAUUUCUCUAAUUUCUAAAAACAAAAAAAAAAAAUUCUCUCGACUCUUUUACUUAACCAUGGGAAGAACGCCGUGCUGUGACAAAAAUGGACUCAAGAAAGGUCCAUGGACGCCGGAGGAAGAUGAGAAGUUGAUUGAUUACAUUCAGAAACAUGGGUAUGGAAACUGGAGAACAUUGCCAAAGAAUGCCGGACUACAAAGGUGUGGAAAAAGUUGCCGUCUUCGGUGGACUAAUUACUUGCGACCUGAUAUCAAGAGGGGCAGAUUUUCUUUUGAUGAAGAGGAAACCAUAAUUCAGCUCCAUAGCUUUCUAGGCAACAAGUGGUCUGCCAUUGCUGCUCGGUUGCCUGGAAGAACAGACAAUGAAAUCAAAAACUAUUGGAACACGCACAUCAGGAAAAGGCUUCUUCGAAUGGGAAUCGAUCCAGUGACUCAUAAUCCUCGGCUUGAUCUUCUCGACCUCUCCUCGAUUCUAAGCUCAUCUUUCUACAAUCAAUCUCAGGUGAAUUUUUCAAGGUUGCUUGGUACUGCACAUCCCCUCUUGAACCCAGAACUUCUAAGGCUUGCUGCUUCCCUAUCAUCAUCCCAGCCUGACCAAACUCAAACACAAAAUUACCAAAUUCUUCAAAAUGCCCAACAAACCCAACUUUGCAAUCCUCCCCAAGUGGAAAACCAAUAUCAGGCCCCAUUAAUGCAAACUCCAGUCCAAGAAAUUCCGUUUUCUAAUGAAGCACAAGCUAUGAACACUAAUGUGGACCAAUUCCAAGCAAAUUUCGCUGACUUUCCUACUGAAAUGCCUUCAAAUUUGGCUGGAGACUAUGUUCCUUUACCAUCAAACUACGACAAUUAUUAUGCCUGCCCCGAUCAAGCUAUAUUGGAAUUGGACCCUUCAUCUGAAACCUCAAAUUACCAGUACUCCAACAUUAGUAACCAGAACUUUGAGUUCCCAUCGGUCUUUUCAACGCCGUCAUCAAGUCCAGAGCUAAGGAAUUCGAAUUCAACUUACAUCAAUAGCUGCAGCACUGAAGAUGAAAGAGAAAGCUACUGCAGCAACAUUUUGAAGUUUGAAAUUCCAGAUAUCUUGGAUGUGAAUGGAUUCAUGUAACUUAAAAAACUUCAAAAUCAUGGAAAAAGUAGCCUUUUUACUCCAAUUGUUUAUGUUUUUGUUUUGAAGUUAGAUGUUUAUAUAUAUAUAUAUAUAUAUGUGUGUGUAUGUAUGUAUGUAUUUUUUGUUUGCUAUUAAUUUCUACUAAGCUUCUCUAUAUCAGGAAACCAAGAUCAUGCAUGGUUCCUUUCUUAUUUCAUUUUUUUAGCUGAAUAAUAAUAGAGGAAGCUUCCAUUA